AUGCUUGGUUCAACGUUCAGGCCCCUGGCCCCUUGGAUUGAUAUCUCGGAUGAAACGCCAGGAACCGAAAAUAACCGGCGGAAGGGUACGACUGUUGGUGACCGUGGAGAGUUGACGCUAGACGCUAGCCACCGUUUCGUCUUGCCGGCUGGUCAAAUACUCGGUGCCGUCUGGGUCCUGUACCCGUUUUUCCCCCUGACCGGAAACAACAAGCAAAUCAUGGCGGAAUACACCCCCCUCACAUAUCAGGAAACCCUCAGCCUCCCCUCUUCUUCUUCUUCUUCCUCCUCAUCCUCCUCCUCCUCAUCAUCAUCAUUUGACGAAACAGAAAAGUUCAUCCCCGACCUCGAAACACACGACCCCCUUUUCACCCUCCCGCCACCAUCCCCCUUGCCUCCCCGUCACCGCCCACCACGCUCCCUUUUGAAACGCACCCUCAUCUUCCUACUACCCUCCUUCCUCCAACCAGGCUACGUCCCACCAAUCCCCAAGUCCCCCACCGCCUACCUCGACGGCAUCCGCGGCCUGGCCGCUUUAUUUGUCUUCUUCUGCCACUACCUCUACACCUGCUACACCAUCGCCACCGGGUACGGGUAUGUCCCCCCACCUCCCUCCCUCGACGACAGCGACGGUGACUUCCACAAUGCAUCCUCCUCCGGCCCCUACAACGAAUCCCCCUUCCACAGCAGCACCACCACCACCACCUCCCUCCCCCCCAACCCCUACACACCAAACCACCUCCACCCUUUCAAGCUCCCCUUCAUCCGCCUUUUGUACUCCGGCCCCCCGAUGGUGGCCGUGUUUUUCGUCAUCUCGGGCUACGCUCUAUCCCUCAAGCCCCUCACCCUCCUCGCCUCCCAAAACUGCUCGGCCUUCUCCACCGCCCUAUCGAGCCUCAUCUUCCGGCGCUGCCUCCGCCUGUUCCUCCCGCCGGCGAUCUCCGCUUUCUUCGUCGUCAUCCUCACCCGGAUGGGUGCCUACACCGCCAUGGGUGACUUUGCGCACGAUGAGGUCUACGUUCGGAAUGUUCAAGAGACGCACUAUGAGGCGCUGAACUCGACGGCAGAGCAGAUGCUGGACUGGGGAAAGGGGGUGGGGGAGUUUGUGCAUGUCUGGGAUUGGGAGGUGGCGGGCGGGCUGACGAGGAUGGAUGUUCACCUCUGGACUAUACCUGUCGAGUUUAGGGCUAGCAUGAUUUUGUUUUUGGUGCUCCUCGGGACGGCGAGGGUGAAGAGGGGGGUGAGGCGCUGGGCUGUGGGGGGAGGGGUGGUGGGGUAUUGUUUUGGGAGCGGGAGGUGGGAGGUGGUGCUUUUCUUGUGGGGGAUGGGGUUGGCGGAGCGGGAUGUGUGGAGCAAGGACAGGAAGAGAAAGCAAGGAGGGGGGUGGGGGUGGGUGGUGGUGAGUCUGGUGGGGUUGUGGUUCAUGAGCCAGCCUGAUGUGGGGAGCGAGAGGACGCCUGGGUGGGUGAUGCUUACGGACAUGAUACCGGGGUGGUGGGAGGAGGAGGAGAGGUAUAGGUACUACCAGAGCCUCGGGGCGGGGUUGUUUGUGAUGGCUGUGGGGAGGUGUAAGGGGUGGCAGGGGUUUUUUGCCUGGGGACCGGUGCAGUAUCUGGGACGGAUUAGCUAUGCGAUGUACUUGAUGCACGGGCCGGUGUUGCAUACAUUUGGGUAUGCUGUUGAGAGGUUUGUCUGGACGAGGAUCACGGGGGUGGAGACGGAGGGAAGGUAUGACCUGGGCUUUGGUCUGGCGGCUCUGGUGAUUGUCCCGGCGGUGAUCUGGGUGUCGGAUAUAUUCUGGAGGGGGGUGGAUGCCCCGGUCGUGAGGUUCGCGAGAUGGGUGGAGGGGGUGUGUUCUGUCAAGGAGUGA